AUGUCCGACUUCGACAGUAAUCCGUUUGCAGACCCGGACUUCAGCAACCCCUUCCAGGACCCUUCAGUGACACAGGUGACGAGCUCUGCCCCUCCUGGUGGUCUAGAGGAGUAUAACCCCUUUACCGACGCCAGAACGCCAGGAAAUGCCCCCAAAUCUGCCCCUGCCCCUUUGCAGAACACGCAGCCAGCCAUAAUGAAGCCUACAGAAGAGCCGCCUGCAUAUUCACAGCAACAAACUCAGGAUCAGGCGCGGGCUCAGGCGGAGCUGUUGCGGAGGCAGGAAGAGCUGGAGAAGAAAGCGGCAGAACUCGAUCGACGAGAGAGAGAGCUACAGUCUCACGGAGGAGGUCGGAAGAACAACUGGCCUCCUUUGCCCGAGAAGUUUCCUGUGGGGCCGUGCUUCUACCAUGACAUAGCUGUGGAUAUUCCUAUAGAGUACCAAAAGACUGUCAAAAUCAUGUACAAUCUGUGGAUGUUUCAUGCAGCCACUCUGUUCGUGAACAUGUUCGGCUGCCUCGCCUGGUUCUGUGUGGAUCCCAAUCGUGGAGUCGACUUUGGUCUCGCCAUGUUGUGGUUCCUGCUUUUUACACCGUGUUCGUUUGUCUGCUGGUACAGACCACUUUACGGAGCGUUUAGGAGCGACAGCUCGUUCAGAUUUUUUGUCUUCUUCUUUGUCUAUAUUUGCCAAUUUGGAGUUCAUGUACUGCAGAGUAUUGGUAUUACUAGCUGGGGAACUUGCGGCUGGAUUGCAGCUCUCACAGGCCUCAACACCAGUAUCUCUGUAGGAAUCAUCAUGUUACUCAUCGCUGCACUGUUCACCGCCCUCUCUGUGGGAUCCCUCAUCAUGUUUAAAAAGGUACACGCGCUGUACCGCACCACAGGUGCCAGCUUUGAGAAGGCUCAGCAGGAGUUUGCCACUGGAGUCAUGUCGAACAAGACGGUUCAGACCGCCGCUGCCAACGCUGCAGCUAAUGCUGCGACCACCGCUGCGCGAGGGGCCUUCAAAGCCCCAUAA